CGCAAACAAGAUCGUUGUGCGACGAUUUUGGUUUACGACAUCCAUCAGUAACGCAAAACCGCCGGUGCCGACGAGCCCGCGACGGCGGAAACAGCGUAACCCGCGGUGGCUGUUUCAGUCAGCGAAGGCGAGAGCCUCCACUUUUCAAUCCAUACAUAAAAAAAAAACUCCUUGAAGAAGAAGAAGAAGAAGAAGUGAGCUUCCACUUUUUUCAAACUCUGUCUCCCACGAUACAUCAUGAGCAGCCACGUGUCUCUCUCCUCCUCGCUCUUCUUCUUCCCUCCCAAUAACAAAAACCCUUCCUUUUCAUCAUUCUCACCUUUUCGUUGGAACCAAACGGUGGCAUUUGGGGUUCGCAAAACGCCACGUUUUGUGGUGUGUGCUGGCCCUAAGAAGAUAUUAUUUGGCAAAGAGUGCAGAGAAGCCUUACAAGCUGGGAUUGAUAAACUUGCCGAUGCUGUUUCUCUCACCGUUGGACCCAAAGGACGAAAUGUUAUUCUUUCUGAAUCUGGAAACCUUAAAGUGAUUAAUGAUGGCGUUACAAUUGCUCGAUCCAUUGAGCUUUCGGAUGCAAUUGAGAAUGCAGGUGCCAUCCUAAUUCAAGAGGUUGCAAGCAAAAUGAAUGAGUUGGCUGGUGAUGGUACUAGCACUGCAAUUAUUUUGGCUCGGGCCAUGAUUAAGUCUGGACUACUAGCAGUUGCUUUUGGGGCUAAUCCUAUUUCUUUGAAGAAGGGGAUGGAAAAGACUGUAAAGGAGCUGGUCAAGUUCUUGAAGGAGAGAAGUGUUCCUGUUGAAGGAAGGGAGCAUAUUAAAGCUGUAGCCUCGAUUUCUGCUGGAAACGACGAGUAUGUUGGUAACUUGAUUGCUGAAGCUAUGGACAAGAUUGGUUCAGAUGGGGUGAUAUCUAUUGAGUCUUCCUCAUCAUCUGAAACCUCUGUGAUAAUUGAAGAAGGGAUGAAGUUCAAUAAGGGUUACAUGUCUCCUCACUUCAUUACAAACCAGGAGAAGUCCAUUGUAGAGUUUGACUGGGUUAAAGUUUUGGUAACUGAUCAAAAGAUUUCAAAUGUCAAAGAAAUAGUUCCUUUGCUGGAAAAGGCUAUGCAGUUGAAUGCCCCACUCUUAAUUAUUGCAGAGGAUAUCACAAAGCAAGUGUUGGAGACCUUAGUGGUGAACAAAAUGCAAGGAUUACUAAGAGUUGCAGUUGUAAAAUGUCCAGGAUUUGGAGGUGCAAAGAAAGCUUUGUUACAAGACAUUGCACUUAUGACUGGAGCUGAUUUUCUUUCUGGAGACUUGGGUCUCACACUUGAUUGUGCCACAUCAGACCAGCUUGGCACUGCACUGAAAGUGAGAAUAACCUGUAAUGAGACAACUAUCAUUGCUGAUCCUAGUUUGAAGGCUGAAAUUCAAGCUAGAAUUUCACAGAUAAAGAAGGAUCUUAGUGAAACAGAUAAUGCAAACCUGUCAAGAAAGCUCUCAGAGAGAAUUGCAAAACUCUCUGGUGGUGUAGCUGUUAUAAAGGUAGGUGCACAUACUGAGCUAGAACUCGAAGAUAGGAAACUUAGAAUUGAGGAUGCAAAGAAUGCAACAUUUGCUGCCAUAAGCGAGGGAAUUGUUCCUGGAGGGGGUGCCACAUAUGUCCAUCUAUUGGACUUGAUACCAACAAUAAGGAACUCCAUGGAAGAUCUAGAUGAGCAAAUUGGUGCUGAUAUUGUAGCAAAGGCACUCCUUGAACCUGCAAAAUCAAUUGCAACUAAUGCCGGAGUUGAUGGAGACAUUGUUGUCCGGAAGACUAGAACACAUGAUUGGAGAACUGGAUAUAAUGCAAUGACAGGCACGUAUGAAGAUCUUUUGAAUGCUGGAGUAGCGGAUCCUAGUCGUGUUGCAAGAUGUGCUCUUCAAAGUGCAGUUUCUGUUGCUGGUGUCAUUCUAACUACUCAAGCUAUUUUGGUGGAUAAAAUAAAGAAACCGAAGCCACCUGUACCCUUGGUCCCUGGCAUAACUCCCUGAGACAGAGAAAACAGUUAGUACAAUUUUGAAAAUAGAGUUUAGUCUUUUCCAGUGUCCAUGCCAUUGGUUUAGUCAAAGCUUGUGAAUGUCCCUUGGGUUGGUUAGUACUCCAGCAGCAAUAAGAAUGCUCGUUUCAAGAAUGGCAAAGCCAGAGGCUGUUGCUUCUUACACGAGUUAUGACUUGAUGAAACCCAUGUGUCAUGAAGCAAUAGGAACAAUUAGACAAUUGAUGAAGUUCAAAGUGCAUUCCACUGGGAAUUUUGAUUAGUGUUAAGGUUUCUUUCUUCGUUUAACCGAUUAAUUUUGUCGACACCUAUGUUUUUUUUUUUUUAAUUCAAGUUGUUGACACCAAAUUGGUAAUAUAUUAAUAGUUUUGUUCCAUAAAACCGGUAAUACGAUAUUAUGAGGAGAUUGCUGAUAAUAAACUCUAAUUUGGGUGCUUGUA